UUCGUUUGCUCUAUAGAUUCUGAAUGAGGCUCAUGCCCAUGGCGUUCAAUAAUAAGAGAUGCUUGAUGUUUUGUUUAGCUAUAGCGCUCAAAUUCCAUUGAUUGAUUAAUAAAUUUCAAGAAACUGACUGGUUCCAUGUUUCAAUUUACCAUGUAAAUAAAAAAUUCCAAGAUUUGUUUUCAAGCAGCAACUAAUCAUGUAAACAUACACUGAUGUCCUUCAAUUCAGUAAUUUCCUGUGCAUUUCCACCAUGAGCAAGACUUCCACUGUGUUUUACACUGUUGAAGUGGGAGACACAAAAUUUACAAUCCUGAAGCGCUACCAGAACCUAAAACCUAUUGGUUCUGGAGCCCAGGGUAUUGUGUGUGCCGCUUUUGACACAGUGACAGAACAAAAUGUAGCUAUAAAAAAACUUAGUCGCCCUUUCCAAAAUGUGACACAUGCCAAAAGGGCUUACAGAGAAUUCAAGCUUAUGAAAUUGGUGAAUCAUAAAAAUAUAAUUGGCCUUUUAAAUGCAUUUACACCUCAAAAAACUAUGGAGGAGUUUCAAGAUGUGUAUCUUGUGAUGGAACUCAUGGAUGCAAAUUUGUGCCAAGUAAUUCAAAUGGAUCUUGAUCAUGAAAGGAUGUCCUAUUUACUGUAUCAAAUGCUUUGUGGCAUCAAGCACUUACAUUCUGCAGGAAUAAUCCACAGGGAUUUGAAACCAAGCAAUAUCGUUGUGAAAGCUGAUUGCACUCUUAAGAUCUUAGAUUUUGGAUUAGCACGGACAGCAGGGACCAGCUUCAUGAUGACGCCAUAUGUUGUGACCAGAUAUUACAGAGCUCCUGAAGUCAUUUUGGGAAUGGGUUAUAAGGAAAAUGUGGAUAUCUGGUCAGUGGGUUGUAUUAUGGGAGAAAUGAUAAGAGGUACAGUUUUAUUUCCUGGAACUGAUCACAUCGAUCAGUGGAAUAAAAUAAUUGAGCAACUUGGAACUCCCUCACAAGAAUUCAUGAAAAGAUUACAACCAACUGUUCGUAAUUAUGUAGAAAAUAGGCCAAAAUAUGCUGGUUAUACAUUUGAAAGACUUUUCCCAGAUGUACUAUUUCCUGCUGACAGUUCUGAGCACAGUAGACUAAAAGCAAGUCAAGCAAGGGAUUUACUGUCUAAAAUGCUUGUUAUUGAUCCAGAAAGGAGAAUAUCUGUUGAGGAAGCUUUAUUACAUCCAUAUAUUAAUGUUUGGUAUGAAGAAAGUGAAGUGAAUGCUCCAGCACCUGGGCCAUAUGACCAUUCUGUUGAUGAAAGGGAACAUACUGUUGAGCAGUGGAAAGAAUUGAUAUACCAUGAAGUUCUGGAAUAUGAGCAGACACACAAUACUUUAGGAUUAGGCCGUCCACUGACUGCUCACCACAAUUCGCAGGCUGAUGGUGCAAUAGAGGAAGACUGUUCAGAAGAUGUUUCUGAUCAAGCCUCCAACGGUCCCGCAAUUUCAUACAGUCAUCGUAGAUAGACAUACAUAUUCUCUCCUUUGUCUUAGUCUUUGACUGCCACACCCACCGUAUGUAGGGUUCUGUACAAACUAGUCGACAGUGGACAAUGUUCCGUCUUUGAUCCUGCCAAAACGUCGGCCGUUUACUAAGACGGACGUUCAGUUUCCCACUUUCCAGUCAUUUAGCAAGGACUUAAUUUCUUUACUGGAAGACAAAAACUGAAGUUAAA